AUGUCUGAAGACUACCGGUAUCAACUGCAGUUGCAAAAUGGCGAUGCUCACAUCGAAUUUAAUUCCGCCAUCUUCAGCAUGGCCCUAAUUUCCAUUGACGACAUCUUUGUUGGCAUGGGUAGUGAGCAACUUUAUACAUACGGAUUCCCUCUGCUUGACAGGAGUGUUGGAAAUCAGCUCCCCACUGAACAGCAGCGGGCAACAAUGGGUAAGGAGGCCAAGGCGAAGCCGGGCUUCCGUGCUAGUGGUAGAUAUUCUUUGUCUGGAAAGCAUUGA